AUGCCUGCCCCAGAAAACUGCACCAUCGCGACCUGCUCGAUCGAAGAGUAUGGCCAGAUCGACUACAUCCCCACAUUGGCCGGCAAUGCCCUCUACACGGGCAUCUUCGGCCUGCUGCUCGCCCUCCAGCUCUUCUUCGGGAUCCGGUACCGGACGUGGGGAUUCAUGGUGGGCAUGGUGUGCGGGAUCUUGCUCGAAGUCGUGGGUUACGUCGGGCGGCUGAUGCUGCAUGACAACAUCUUCGACAAGAACUCGUUCAUCAUCUACCUGGUCGGCCUGACCAUUGGCCCGGCGUUCCUGACCGCCGCCAUCUACCUCUGCCUGAGCCGGAUCAUCACUAUCCACUCCGUCCAGCUGAGUCUGCUGAAGCCGAGGACCAUUGCCUGCAUCUUCGUCGCCUGCGACUUUGUCUCCCUGCUCCUCCAAGCCGCCGGCGGUGCGAUCGCGUCGACGGCCGACGACGACAAAUCGAACCAACUGGGCAUCAACGUCAUGAUUGCCGGCCUGGCCUCGCAGGUCGUGUCGCUGGCCAUCUUCGUGGCCAUCUGCGGUCAUUUUGCGUGGAAGGUUUACAAGAACCCGAGCAAGCUCAGCUCUGAACACGCUCGGUUACGACGAACACCCCGCUUCAAGGGCUUCUUGAUCAGCAUCGCAAUCGCCGUCCUCACCAUCACGGUCCGCUCGUGCUACCGCCUCGCCGAACUCAAAGACGGCUUCGACGGCCACCUCGCCAACGACGAAGCCACCUUUAUGAUCUUCGAGGGGCCCAUGAUCAUCAUCGCCGUCGCCGUCCUGACCAUCUGGCACCCGGGUCUCGUGCUGGGUGCUCAGCUGUGGGAAGACGCCGGCUUCCAUUUCCGGACCAAGGCCAGCCUCGUCCACUACAAGGAGGUCAACGACAGCAGCGCCGAGCAGAUUGCCAUGAUGCCAUCGGGCUAUCAGGCGUAG